CUUUGGUAGUAUUCAUUUAGACUUUGGUAUUUUUCAAAGCUAACAUUUAUCCCCGGCGCAGGGGUUUACUUUGCACCGGGUGACCCAGUUACCAAGACCGUUAUCUAUAUGAAGGGCUGAUGGAGGACACCAGGGAUUUGGCGGAACGCACCCCACGUUUAGAGCGCAAGCGGAGAGACUCCUUCGGGAUGUUUGAUGGCUACGACAGCUGCAGCGAGGAGUCUACCAGCAGCUCCAGCUCAGAAGACAGCGAGGAUGAGGUGGUGCCUUCCAUCCCCGCCAGCCUGCCCAUCAUCAAGAACAAUGGUCAAGUCUACACGUACCCCGACGGCAAGGCGGGAAUGGCCACGUGUGAGAUGUGUGGGAUGGUUGGAGUGCGAGAUGCCUUUUACUCCAAAACCAAGCGCUUCUGCAGCGUGUCCUGCUCUCGGAGUUAUUCCUCAAAUUCCAAAAAGGCCAGCAUCUUGGCAAGACUCCAGGGCAAACCCCCAACAAAAAAAGCAAAAGUCUUACAGAAACAGCCUCUCAUGGCAAAGUUGGCUGCCUACGCCCAGUACCAAGCCAGCCAGAACCAGGCCAAAUCAAAAGCCGUGGUCCCCGCAGAGAGCUUCGACUGGGGUCGGUACAUCUGUAGCAAUAACACGAUCGGAGCUCCAGUCAGCUGCUUCAAGCAUGCCCCUAUGGGGACGUGCUGGGGAGACAUAGAAGAAGGAGUGAGGAUCGAAGUGACCAACUCCGAUACCAACCUCUCCACCAAGGUGUACUGGAUCGCAGAAAUCAUUAAGCUAGCAGGGUUCAAGGCUCUCCUGCGGUACGAGGGCUUCGACCACGACACCAGUAAGGACUUCUGGUGGGACCUCUGCGUCCCCGAGGUGCACCCGGUGGGAUGGUGCGCGUCGAGCAGCAAACCCCUCGUACCUCCCAAAAGCAUACAACAUAAGUACUCUAACUGGAAAGCCUUUCUUGUGAAGCGUCUCACUGGAGCUAAAACACUGCCACCUGACUUUAAUGCCAAGGUACACGAGAACCUGCAGUUCCCCUUUAAGAAGCUGAUGCGCGUGGAGGUGGUGGACAAGAACUACCUGUGCCGGACACGGGUGGCGCUGGUGGAGCAGGUGAUCGGGGGUCGCCUCCGGCUGGUCUACGAGGAGAGCCAGGACGGGUCGGACGACUUCUGGUGUCACAUGUACAGCCCGCUCAUCCACAACAUCGGCUGGUCGCGCAGCAUCGGGCACCGCUUCAAGAGAUCUGAUUUCACAAAGAAGAUCGAGGGUCAGGCCGAUGCUCCUGCGCCGUACUUCCAGAAGGUGAAAGAUGUGGACCAGAGCGGGGACUGGUUCAAAGACGGGAUGAAGUUGGAAGCCAUUGAUCCCCUCAACCUCUCAGCUAUAUGUGUAGCCACUGUACGGAAGGUGUUGGCAGACGGGUACCUCAUGAUCGGGAUCGACGGCUCGGAGGCGGUGGAUGGAUCAGACUGGUUCUGCUACCACGGCAACUCCCCGUCCAUCUACCCCGUCGGCUUCUGUGAAAUCAACGACAUCGAACUCACGCCCCCCAGAGGGUACACCAAACUGCCAUUUAAAUGGUUCGACUACCUCAGAGAAACCGGUUCCAUAGCCGCUCCCGUCAAGUUCUUUAACAAGGAGGUUCCCAACCACGGUUUCCGGCGGGGCAUGAAGCUGGAGGCCGUGGACCUGAUGGAGCCGCGGCUGGUGUGCGUCGCCACGGUGACGAGGAUCGUGCACCGGCUGCUGAGGAUCCACUUCGACGGCUGGGAGGACGAGUACGACCAGUGGGUGGACUGCGAGUCGCCCGACCUCUACCCCGUGGGCUGGUGUCAGCUGACGGGCUACCAGCUGCAGCCCCCCGCCUCGCAGAGUAACAGAGAGAUGCCUCAAUCUGUUCCCAAGCAGAAGAAAAAGUCCCAACAGUACAAAGGCCAAAAGAAAAAGCGGAAGCUUCCGGUUGGUCGGCGGCCCUUCAGUCAGGCAGGCAGGAGGCGAAGCAGCUUCUCUGGGGACGAAGAGCAGAGCCCUCCCCCUUACCCCGCCCAGGGCCCCUCCAGGCCCCGCCCCCGAACCCACCUCCACCAAACCCACAAAUCAGAGUCUCUUCUGAGGAUGAAGGAGGAGGCGACGGAGGUGGAUGAGUUCACCUUCUCCCAGGGCACCUCAGACCAGGAGAGCAACGGCUCGGGCAGCUACUACAUCAAACAGGAGCCCUGAGGUCCGGACGGAGCGGGACCCCCAACACACCAACCAACGGGACAAGACCAAUGCACCCCCCCC